AUGGAGUCAAGAGAAAUUAAUUCUGGCCUCCUCAUGCGGCUCCUCACUUUACUUCUCUACAACAUUAACAGAAUACCAUGCGUCCGCCGCCUACGAAAACAUCCAGAGCGUAUCCUCCUAGUCUCAUCCAAGCUCUGUAUCAAAGCAACCGCUUUCACAACGCUGACUGAAGCAAACACCAUACAAUUCGUUACGAAUAACACAUCAAUACCAGUUCCAAAGUCGCGACUUCUCGCGCAAUUGAAGGCAUUGAUCACAGAGCUACGCAGCAUUGUCCCACCGGAUGGCGUUGGUAUCUCCAACGUUAAUGGGGGUCCCAUCUUUGACCGGCGUCUUCCUGAUAAAUCCUUCUGGGUUCCUUUUGCAACAAUUCAAAAGUUUCAUCGAGAGUUACGUCGUGGUCUUGAGCUUAGAGAUGGUGAAGGAGCCUUUCCGGGUCUAAGGGAACUCAUAGACUUUCACAAUGGGCCAUGGGAGGGCCCAGUCUUCACUCACGGUGACCUAAGCAGUCUCAAUAUUAUGGCUGAUGGGGAUACGGUGACAGGCAUUGUGGACUGGGAGUCGGCUGGAUGGAUGCCGCCAUACUGGGAGUAUACAUCAGCUUGGCACGUUAAUCCACGAAAUACAUUCUGGCGCGAUGCGGUCGACGGGUUCCUGACACCUUUACCGCAUGAGUUGGAAAUGGAAAGAAUACGUCGGCAGUACUUUGGCGAAUUCUAA